GGAGGAUGACAGCGCCGUGAAGAAAAGCAGGGGACCCGCUGCCCUCCCUCUUCACGCACGGCAGGACCAGGCGAGCUCUUCCCGCGGAGCGGCCGCCGCCGGGCAGGGCCGGCCCGCACAGGGCCAGCGGGGCAGAGGAUGCCAGGCGGCUAGCCCAGGAUACCUCCCUGGCAGGCGGGAGGGACCUGCGUGUCCUCCCCAUGGAGCUCCGACGCACUCUGCCCCAGGAUUUCCGGGAGCUGCUGCACUGCUUGAAGAUGAGAAGCAAGUACGCGGUCCUGCUGGUCUUCGUGGUUGGCCUCAUCAUCAUUGAGAAGGAGAACAACUUCAUCUCCAGGGUGUCAGACAAGCUGAAGCAGUCGCCGCAGGCACUGGCAGAGGCCAACGGGACGGAGGCCAGCCCAGCACCAGCUGAGAACGGCUCUCUGGCCUCCCUGCGAGAGCUGGAUGCUGCCUUCUCCCAGCUGAAGUCCCGCCUGCACAACGUCACCCUGCAGCUGUCCGGAGACGGGGACCCCACGCCACGGCGGCACGUCCUGCUCAUGGCCACCACCCGCACCGGAUCCUCCUUUGUGGGGGAGUUCUUCAACCAGCAAGGCAGCAUCUUCUACCUCUUCGAGCCCCUCUGGCACAUAGAGAGGACAGUGACCUUCGAGCCGGGGGGAGCCAACGCGGUGGGCUCAGCCUUGGUCUACCGGGAUGUCCUCAAGCAGCUCCUCCUCUGUGACCUCUACAUCUUGGAGAGCUUCAUCUCACCGGCACCCGAGGGCCACCUGACACCCUUCAUGUUCCGGCGGGGCUCGAGCCGCUCGCUCUGCGAGGAGCCAGUCUGCACACCCAGCGCCAAGAAGGUUUUUGAGAAGUACCACUGCAAGAACCGCCGCUGCGGCCCCCUCAACAUCACCCUGGCCACCGAGGCGUGCCGGCGCAAGCAGCACAUAGCCCUCAAGACGGUGCGCAUCCGGCAGCUGGAGUUCCUGCAGCCGCUGGUGGAGGACCCCCGGCUGGAUGUGCGCAUCAUCCAGCUGGUGCGGGACCCCCGGGCCGUCCUGGCCUCCCGCAUGGUGGCCUUCUCCGGCAAAUACGAGACCUGGAAGAAGUGGGCAUCCGAAGGGGAGGCUCCCCUCCGCGAGGAGGAGGUGCAGCGGCUGCGGGGCAACUGCGAGAGCAUCCGCCUGUCAGCGGAGCUGGGGCUGCGGCGGCCGGGCUGGCUGCGGGGCCGCUACAUGCUGGUUCGCUAUGAGGAUGUGGCGCGGGCGCCCUUGCAGAAGGCAGAGGAGAUGUACCGCUUCGCUGGGCUGCCCCUCACCCCACAGGUGGAGGAGUGGAUCGGCAAAAACACGCAGGCUCCCCGUGACGGCAGCGGUGUCUACUCCACCCGCAAGAACUCCUCUGAGCAGUUCGAGAAGUGGCGCUUCAGCAUCCCCUUCAAGCUGGCGCAGGUUGUGCAGGAUGCCUGCGCCCCGGCCAUGCGCCUCUUUGGCUACAAGCUGGCCAGCAGCCCUGCCGCACUGGCUAACCGCUCCUUCAGCUUGCUGGAGGAGGCACAGCCCUCCUGGGUCACAUAACAGCAGGAGGGGAUGGCAGCGGGGGGGAACAAGGGGCUGUGGCCGUGCUCCUGGCCGGCCUGGAGGAGACGCGGGGUUCCCUGCUCCUGGAGCUGCUGCCGGAUGGAGAUGGGCAGCCCCAGGAGCCGAAGCAUCCUGGCAGAGCUGACGCCAGGGUCCUGCAGAGCCUGAAUGACACAGUUCCUCCAGGAAUGGGGAAAUUACAAGGGUGGCACCAGGGCCCCCUCCCGGCUCAGGGGCUGAACCGAGGAAGAGGAGGGUGAGGGGGAGCAGAGGGUAACAGGACCAAGCACUCUCCCAUUGCCACCACCCCAGCUAGGGCAAGGCAAGGAUGAGACCCCUGUGGUGCCAGCAAGGACCCAGACCCCAGUGGCCUUACUGGUUUAGUGCCUUCAUACACCAGCACAGACUGGGAACUGCCCCAGAGGCAUGCUGGGGCAGGAGUCGCACAUGGAGCCCUGGCUGGCACUUGGGCUGCAGUGAACUGCGAUGGCUUUGUGGUUUGGUACUCUUCAAAGUUGGUUUGAGGGGUUUGGGGUUUGCUUUUUAUCAGUUUUUCCCUGUGUAUUUGCAUACCAGGGUCACCAGGUGAAUUUAUUUAUUUAUUAUGUGAAGAAGGGGGGGCAGGUCAAGGAGCUAAGCCCAAAAACCAGAGCAGCACAACAUACCUCACAGAAAUGGAGAGACACCCACAGCUGAGGUGGUGGAGGUCAGAUUUUGGCCGGAGUCCACUAUGUCCUGCUGCAUGAUCCCAUGAGAGCCGCCAGGGACCAGUGGGCUAGAACCCCCGUAUUCCCAGUGGAGCAUGGCCGUCCAGUGUGGGAGCAACUGUGAACCCCGGCACCUGCUGGAAGACGGUUGGACUUUAAUUAAAAACAAAAAUACAACAGCACGGAGUCCAAAGC